CAGCUGCUGUCAAGGUCUUCCUCAGAUGGCGCGCACGACUAUCCCGCCGAGACGAUGGUUCGGAGUCGGUUUUGAGCGCAACUUGCGACGGCCGGGUCGGGUAGCUUUGGAGUUUGGAAUGGCGUAGGCCCACCCAAAGACGAUAUCAAGCUUCGGCAUCAUAGGACAAAAUUCCGAACGCGAUCGUCGUCGUGUUGGGAAUAUGAGCGGACCGCCCGAGCGAAUGCAAGCAAAGAUUCAUUCGGUCUUCUCAUCGGCCCUGAGAUGCCUCAUCCAACAAAACGGGCAUGUCAUGUCGGCCUUGACUGUUCCUCCCCUGGUCAUCAGUGGGGCCUGCCAUAUGCUCAGCCGCCCAUCCGCAGUCUUCUCUCGUGCUCUUUUCGCCAACCACAAGGCGAGGACCGUCCACUCUGGACCCUGAUGACGAUAGGGCCUGGUCCCGCCGUGCAAUUCAACUCGCCCACCUCGGUGCCCAGUCACACAAGCAUGGCGCCCCCAUACAGACAGGCUGUGGAUCGCGCCCGAAGAGGGCUCGACUGUCUCGGUUGAGGUGGGGAGGCCGACAUGUUCAUCUCAUGUCUCAACGGUUGCCCGAAUUGCUUUGAUCACCGUGUCUCAUCUCAGUUGACGAGUCUGUUCGGCCUUCUCACUUCUUAUACACAUCAGUCUUGUUGUCGUAUACGGGAGCCUCUCGAUGGAUAAAUCCACACCAUCAGCAGGUCAUAUUUCCAAGGAAGCUGGAGCGGAGCCAGCCCAUCGUUGACUGCUACGUAAAGGUACACUACUCGGUACACCCACUUGUGCCAUAGCACUUUGCCCAGGGCCCUACCAAGAAUAUGACCUGACGAGCCCGGCUUACCUGACGAGUAGGAGGAUCUACAUCAUUCCCAUAUAUUACUUGGCCCUACUAUUUUCGCCCAGCUCGCAGUAUCCCCGCCACUUUUCCCUCUUACUUCCUCUUCCCAACACUAUCCCCGCUCUUCAUCAAUACUAGCAAACACCAACGUAUCUGCGAAUACAGCUCUGGAACGAGCAAGCGACAAUACUUCUGAUUACAAACACCGAAUAUUCCGACAUGGCAUCAUACGACCGGUAUAAUCAACCGGCCCGGGAGCGCUCCCGCUCCACAAGACGCUACUACCGCGAGGAGCGCCGCGAUGACAGAGACCCUCGGUACACCGGCGGCGCUGCUGACCAAUACCUCAACCCGAACCAUGACUUGAUUCCACGCCCACGUGAGGACAGUGACCUUUCUGUCGAGGAGAUCCGUCGUGAUUUCCCGCCGCCCGGGUACUCUACUCGGGAUAUGCGCCGUGCCCGCUCUGCCGAGCCUGGCUACUAUGACGACCACGAUGAUCCUCGGGCCCGCUCUGGCCGGGACUAUGUCUACGACUACGACCGACGAGAGGAGAAGAAGAAGUCUCGUUUGGGCAACAAGGAGCAGCUCAUCGCUGCGCUGGCCGGCGCCGCCAUUGCCAUAGGUGGAAAGGAGCUCUACGACCGCAAGGAAGCCAAAGAGCAUGGUUCCGAUGUCCAUCGCAACGUUCUUGCCUCGGCCGCUAUCGGUGCUGCUGGAGCUUUUGCGGGUUACCAAGGCGCAGAUUUCUACACCAAGCACAAGGAGAAGAAGGCUCCGCUGGUCCUCAGAGGGCGUGACGGCAGACUUGUGUAUCGCAACGAUGACGACGUCAGUGCCAAGGAUAACAAGGGCCACAAGAACUUCCUCGAGAGUGCCCUUGCCGCUGCUGGUAUUGGCAGCACCUUGAAGGCCUUGGCGGGAGGCAGCAGCAGCAGAGAUGACAGAUCCGAUACUAGAAGUGUCAGGAGUCGCCGCAGCAGCCGCUCAAGAUCUCGUUCCCGCGGAGGCGAUCCGGCCAAAAAGAUCCAGAAGGCUGCCAUGGCUUCCCUCAUUGCCGGUGCUACCGAAGCCUUCCGUGUAUCUAAGGAGCCGGGUGGUUGGAAGGGAGAAAAGGCCAAGCGCAUCCUUACCGCCGCAGCGGGUGCUGCUACUGUUGAUGCUGCCAUGAAGGACGAUAAGGCGGGUAGCAAGCUCGGUUUGGCCGAAUCCGUCAUCGGUGGCCUGCUUGGCAACCGUGUGCUGAACGGCUCCAAGAAGAACAUUGAGGAGGAUGAGAAGACCGGUCGCUCUCGGUCGCGGUCUCGUGCCCGCUCUCGGUCCAAGGGCCCCGGUGGCGGACUCGCCGCUAUCGCGACUGCCGGUCUCGGCACCUACGCUGCAAACAAGCUCAACAGCCGAUCCAGGUCCCGACGCCGGAGCACUGAUUCAUAUGACAGCCGCGACGGCUCGCGCGAUAGACGUCAUCGCAGCCGUAGCCGCAGCGUCGUCGACUCGGCGCGCAAGGGCCUUGCCAAGCUAGGCAUCGGAAACGGGCCAGACGACUAUGAGCGCGACCGCCACGACCGCAGACAUUACGAUGACUAUGCCGACUCUUCUCGAAGCGGGCGUCGACACCGAGACUACUCAGACGAUGAGCGCUCCAGAAGCGGCCGCAGCCGUAGUCGCUCAAGGGGAGGAGGAACUGUGGCAAGGAGACGCGAUGCUUCGCGUGGAUCAGUCUCCUCAUCCGACCUGGGAGAUUCGGACGAUGACAGGAAGAGAACCAAGAAAAUGAGAGAUCACCGUCGCUAAACAUAGUCUCCACUAUCUGAACCGAUUGAACCGAAAAAGACAGGAGGACCCCGAAAUCCAGGGAAAUGUGGCGAUCCUUGGCAGGGGUUGCAAGCAGGUUUUUUUGCGUUGUACGACUGAACGGGCACGCAUGUUGAACCUCGACAAACAGGAACUGUGAGGAAUGACGCGCACUCAAACCACUGCAAGUCUGCAACAGCGAAAUGAUUGAUGGGAAAACGGUUGUUGGUCGGUGCCGAAACGGCCGGUACCGGAACGGAAACGCGCCGCACGCUGGCUGUCUGAGCUGUUCUGGUUGGCUCGCAAGUCACACACAUGGAUGUUUGGAUCUCACGAGACUUGGCGUGUGGUUGGUUGGCCUGGCUGCCAAAGGAUACAACAUGCGGUUAUGUCGGCCCCUACAUCCUUACACUUCCUAUCUUUCGGCAUCUAUGCAUAGCUUGUUCCUCCCUUGCCCACUCUCUGUACUCCUUACUCCAACUUUCUUACACCUUCUGCUGGGCGGCAGCUACAACGACAUGUUUUCGCUCUCUUUCUACUUUUUUCUACCUAUUCUUUCCUUUUCAUGAUGAUGAUGAUAAUGAUGGUCAACAGGUUGGGUUUUAUGAGGAUGAUGAAGAAACAGAUCAAUUCCGAGAGGUUGAGAGAAUGACAAUGAUAAACAAUGUAUGCCUCUUUGCGAAUUCUCACGAUAUAUGUAUAAAGAGAAGGCCGGUAGUCAGUUUCUUUCAUGGAGAUAAACGAUACUUUUUGGACCCACGAAUACAAUGUGCUGGAAAUCGACGUCAAGACCACCAUGAGAUUCGACGGCCGAGGAAGACCUGAUAUCCUCAGAGUAUCCCAACAUGUACAAAGCCGUAUUUAAUCGUACGGGAUAUGGAACAACCUACCAAGCAGUUGGUUAAAAUAUAAUUCACACCUUUCA